AUUCCAUGGAAUGUUUCCAUUUCGUAAUACACUACUACUGCGCUGUAAUAUGACCCACUUCAGCUUGGCAACUGCAAUCCUCCUAUACAAUUUGGUUGGGGUCUUUGCUACAGAUACCCAAAAUAAUGGCGACCCGAUUGUCACAAUAUCCGAUGGAAUAAUCAGAGGACGAUCAUUGCAGAGUCAAAAAAAUAGUCAGUUCUAUGCCUUCCAACAAAUUCCAUAUGCCUCCCCACCAGUGGGUCAUUUGAGAUUCAGAAGUCCUGUUCCUCCACAAAAAUGGAACCAUACAUGGAACGCGACUGAAAACACGAAAAUAUGUUACCAGUUAGAAAGGAACGAUUCCAGAGAGACGGAAGACUGCUUGUACCUCAAUGUAUAUACUCCAGUGCUAGGUCCUACAGAAAAUCCGCUGGCCGUCUAUGUUUUCCUUCACGGCGGAAAAUUUAUCUUCAAUGAUGGUACUUACGAAUCCUUCGGACCAGAAUUCUUGAUGGACUAUGGGAUAAUCCUUGUGACCCUCAACUAUCGCCUAGGAGCAUUUGGUUUUCUUUCAACAGACGACAGUACGAUACCUGGUAACAUGGGUCUAGAAGACCAGCUUCAGGCUUUGCUAUGGGUGCGGGAAAAUAUCCACGCGUUUGGUGGCGAUCCUAACAAAAUCACUUUGGGAGGUCAAAGUUCUGGGGCAGCGUCUGUUGGACACCAUUUGUUGAGCCCACAAUCAACAGGUUUAUUCAGAAGUGCUAUCAUGCAAAGUGGUUCACCGUUAUGUUCAAAAAUGUUUCAAAAACAUCCAAAAUAUUACGCCAAUAAGUUAGUAUCUCUCCUGCAAGACACAGCUCCGCCCUACAUUUCGUCACUGCAUGUUCUCCAAGUAUUGCAAAAUGCUUCAGCAGAGGAUAUCAAGAAACAUAGUGAUAUAGCGAUACCAACAGAACUAAGGAACUCUGUAGGAAAUGAAGACAAUAGAGUUUGGGCCCCAGUUAUCGAUGGAUCUUUCGUGAUAGGUGCGAUGCAUGAAAAUCUCAAACAUGGGAAAUUUUCUGCCAUACCAACUCUUAUUGGAAUCAAUUCAGAAGAACAGAUCCACUUUGAUUCGAAGGAGCUGUGGUCGAAAACAGGCUACUUUGAUAGUAGUCCUUCAUAUCUUAUCAAUGGUAACCUGAAUAUAGAGAAUGAAUAUAAAUUGAUUGCAGGCCUGGAAAUCAAAAGCAUUUACACCAAUGGAUCGUUCGAGAAAGAUUUUGGGUCUUUUGUAAGGUUCAUGAGCGAUGCGAAAUACACGACAGCGGUCAUUAGACAUGCUGAUCUGCAAAAAAAGUAUUCCACUUUAUUUUUUUAUCAAUUUUCAUACCAUGGCCUAUUCAACAAUAACAAUGCAUCUGUAGAAGGAGCUGAAAGAGUUGGCCAUUCAGAAGAAAACAACUUCUUAUUCAGAAUGAGAAGCAACAGGGACCUUGAAAAUUUCCCGAAAUCUGAUCUCGACGCACAGGCUCGACUUCUGGAAAUCUGGACGAAUUUCAUAAAAUUUUCGAAUCCCAGCCCUACUGGUAUGAAUUGGCCACAAGUGGAACCAGGGUUGUUUUCGUACGUGAAUAUCAAUACUACGUUGUCCAUCAAACAGGAUCCUAAAGACUAUCAGAAAUGGAGAUCAGUUUACGAUAAAUAUGCAGACCAAUAUCAGGAAACAUACUGAAAUGGUGUUUUGAACAAAAUAAAAAAUUCGUUAGUGUAACUAGUCAAUGGAACUAAAAUAAUAAAUAAAUGAUGGAGAACUG